AUGGAGAGCUUGGGCUUGCAAGCAGUGACCCUUAGUGACGGGACGACAGCCUACAUUCAGCAGGCUGUCAAAGGUGAAAAGCUGAUUGAAGGGCAAGUCAUUGAACUUGAAGAUGGGACCACAGCUUAUAUCCAUCAGGUGACAGUUCAGAAAGAGUCUGUGGCUUUUGAAGAUGGUCAGCCAGUGAUGUUGGAAGAUGGCAGUAUGGCCUACAUACACAACGCAGCUAAAGAAAGUUAUGACCCCAACACCUUUGAGGCUGUCCAGCUGGAGGAUGGCUCCACCGCCUACAUCCAUCGUCCUGUCAUCGUGCCACCUGGCAGCACCAUCCUGGAAGUGCAGGCAGAAAGUGGGCUAGAGGAGUUGGCUGGAGAGGAGGAAGAUGAUGCCUUUGAUGUUGAGACCAUUAAUGCAUUAAAGCAGUACGCCAGUAAGGGGUCUGAUGAGGAAGAGGAGGGAGUGACAGACACCUGCCAUACGAAGAGCGAUGACUCCAGUGACAUCCCUUCCCAGGAUCUGCAGGAGGAGGAAGUGUCCAGCAAUGAGAAGGGGCAGCAGGUCGGCAGCAGAGCUUUCCGUUGUGGGUACAAAGGCUGUGGCCGCCUCUAUACCACUGCCCACCAUCUAAAGGUCCAUGAACGUGCUCACACAGGUGACCGGCCAUAUACGUGUGACUUCCCAAGCUGUGGGAAAGCAUUUGCUACAGGGUAUGGGCUGAAGAGCCACAUGAGAACACAUACUGGUGAGAAAUCAUACAAGUGUCCAGAAGACAUGUGUAGUAAAGCCUUCAAAACCUCGGGGGAUCUACAGAAACACAUCCGGACACACACGGGUGAGCGUCCCUUCAAGUGCCCCUUUGUGGGCUGUGGCCGCUCUUUCACCACAUCCAACAUCCGCAAAGUUCACGUCCGAACGCACACGGGCGAGCGGCCCUACAUGUGCCCGGAGCCCAACUGCGGGAGGGGCUUCACCAGUGCCACUAAUUACAAGAACCACAUGCGAAUCCACACAGGUGACCGCUCCGGCGAGCAGAGGGACUGUGGUUCACAGUGUGCUGGGGCAAAUGGAGGGGUUCGGGGUGCCAGCCACGGCUGGGGGCACGUGCUGUCUCACAACCUGUACACGGUGCUGUGCAUCCCCCACGAUCUGGCGCUGGAAGAACAUUUCCGCGAUGACGACGACGGGCCGGUGUCCAGCCAGGGUUACAUGCCGUACCUCAACAAGUACAUCCUGGAUAAGGUGGAGGAAGGUGCUUUUGUCAAAGAAAAUUUUGAUGAGCUCUGCUGGACCCUAACAGCGAAGAAGAAUUACAAGCCUGACCGGAACGGGAACAGUGUUGUCCACCAAGAUGCCUUCAAGCUCUGGUGUCUCUUCAACUUUCUCUCUGAAGACAAAUACCCUCUUGUCAUGGUGCCAGACGAGGUGGAGUAUCUGCUGAAGAAGAUCUGCACAGCCAUGAACGUGGAGCUGAACUCCUGCGAGCUGGAUGACUACCUGUCCCAGGAGCAGCAGGGGCAGGGGGGGCUGACGGUCUGGCAGUUCCUGGACAUGGUGAACUCGGGGCGGUUCUUGCGAGGCAUCGAGCAGGAGGCCGUCAGCAUGGCCGUGGAGGAGGUGUACCAGGAGGUCAUCGAGGAUGUGCUCAAACAGGGCUACCUCUGGAAGAAGGGCCAGCUGAGGAGGAACUGGUCGGAGCGGUGGUUCACGCUGAAGCCCAGUGUCCUGUCCUACUACAUGAGUGAGGAACGGAAGGAGAAGAAGGGGAGCAUCACACUGGACAGGCACUGCUGCGUGGAGGUGCUGCCUGACCGGGAUGGGAAGAGGUGCAUGUUCUGCGUGAAGACCUCGUCCCGCACCUAUGAGAUGAGCGCCUCCGACACCCGGCAGCGCCAGGAGUGGACACUAGCCAUCCAGACAGCCAUCCGGCUGCAGGCCGAGGGCAAGAACUCCCUGCACAAAGACCUGAAGCAGAAGCGACGGGAGCAGCGGGAGCAACGGGAGCAGCGCAAGGCGGCCAAAGAGGAGGAGACGCAGCGGCUCAAGCAGCUCCAGGAGGAGAAGGAGAAGCUGCAGGAGCUGGAGCUGCUCAAGGAGGCCCAGCGGCAGGCAGAGAUACUCCUGCAAGAAGAGGAGCAGCGGCGGAGGCAGCAGCACGAGGAGAUGCAGAGGACCCUGGAGAUCCAGCUGCAGGAGGCUGAGCAGGUGGGCUCGCGCUCCAUGCAGGCAGAGAUGGUGCUGAAGGAGGCAGAGGCAGAGCGUCAGCGCAAGCGCAUCCUGGAGCUGGAGGACAUGCAAGAGCGUCUGCAGGGCCUGCAGCAGGAGGUGAAAGCGCGACAGGACGAGGAGUCCGUGAGAUAUGCACAGGCCAGGCUACUGGCUGAGGAAGAGGAGAAGCUGAAGCAGCUGAUGAAGCUGAAGGAGGAGCAAGAGGAAUAUAUCAUCAAAACUCAGCUGGAGAAGCAAGUCCUCAAGCAGGAGAUGGAGAACAAAAACAAGUGUCUGGAAGAUGCACAGAAGCAACUGGAAGAAGUGAGAGUGAACAGGCAGCGGGUGGACCAAGACGUCAUGGCAGCCCAGCGGAAACUGCGACAGGCCAGCACCAACGUCAAGCACUGGAACGUCCAGAUGAACCGCCUGAUGCACCCCAUCGAGCCGGGAGACAAGCGCACAAAUGUGAGCGGAGGAGGUUUUGCUGGCUACCAACCCCUUCUCUCCAGGAGAGAUUCCUCCCUCAGACUCAAGCAGAGAGUGGAGGACAAAGGCAACGACCCUAUGAGGGACAACAGCAAGGACAAUGUGAGCAACGGUGGGAACAGCGGUGUGCCGCCGUCUCCGGAUGCAGACACCAUGGCCACAGAGCCCACCAACUAGCCCAGCAGGAUGGCAGGGCCCAGCACGUCCCUCCGAGCGGACACUCAAUACAGGAGACAAGUAGGAACCAGCACAGAGCCUAUGGGUGACCACAUAUAAGGCAGAGAUGAUCCCAUUUUCUUCAGGGAAGGGCUGCAGCCACGACGUGCCAGGAGGCUCAGACAGCCCCACGUUGGGGAGAAGGCAGUGGGGCCGUCUCCUCUGGGCUGCCCAGGUGGGGGACCUGAACUCAUCUCCCCAGACUCUGGUUUUCUACCCUGCCUGAAAAAAAAAACCAAACCAACCAAAACCACCAGUGGGUCUGGACUGCCUGUCCCAGGGCUGCAGUUUUCCCCUUGGUUUCUACCAGCAACCCUUCUGCUGCGCCCCUGGCUGCCUGGCUCUGCAACUGCGGCUGCCAGGGAAGCCUGGUCAGACUGAGCGGUGCCUUCUCGCCGCCUCCACAGAAAGGCUGGGGUGUCCUUAACACGUGCAUUCCCUGGAGGUGGUUGGUAGUCACUGGAGUCACGUAGAUGUUAGCAGAAACCAACAAGCAAUAAAGCUUUUGGAGCCACUGCCCUGCAGGCCUCCCCCAGAUGUCUGUGGCCCUGCAGGCACCAGACCUCCCUCCUCAGCAGUGCAGGGUUUUAAUUCCCACUGUGGACAAGAGCCCAUUAAAAGAAAUCAGGAUCCACCAGUGGAUUCUGGUAUGGUCUGGAGGGCCAAGAGGGACACGGAUGCUGGAGAACUGGCCAGAGAUUAUGAACUUCCCUCUGAGUGGCAGGGCUGCCACAGAGGUCAUGUCUGGGAGGGCCAACACCUCUAUAUGGUUAAUUAAUGCUUGUAUAGGAAGGUAACAGUGCUCUGGGCUUCAUUUAGGUUUUUGUCCUUAGACUGCAGACUCCCUGUUUCAGGAAUCCUGGCUCAGGAUCUGGCCCAAGGCCCGCAGAAGGCAAGAGCAAAGAGUCCCAGGGGCCACCCGAACCAGGAGCUGGUGGAUGUGGCAGCUCUCUGCAGAAACACCGGCCUGGCCUGUCUCCCCUCCAGCUAAUUUGCUCCCUGAAAAACUGAGAACAAAAGCCAAGCCUGCUGGCAAACUUCCCUGCAGAACCUCCCCCCCCCAACCCACACCAACGUCAGGGUUAGUUUGUCCAAGCACACCUCUGUUCAAAUCCUGUCCCCUUGACCUGUGACUCUGGGGGCUUUACUGUAGGGGGCACAGAGCCCCCAGUCACAUAAGGGUCCCCUCUGGAAACAGGCACGGGUAGCAAGCCCUGUCAAACCCCUGUUCACAGUUGCUCACGCUGAUUAACUGCAGUUCGUUAGGGAGAUUACAAUCUAUUUCCUACUCAUGCGGCUUUCAACGUUUGCUCACACAGCUCUUCCCCCCCUCCCAAUUUUUACAGU